AGUAAGUCCAUAGCCACGAGGCUAAACGAAUAGCGCAUCUACCCACAAUCAAGUGACCUCCAUCCACCAACCUAACGCACCGGUCGAUCAAGCACGCCUCAAACAAUGCCCGGCCAUCAUCCCCGCUGUCCCACCACGCCAGAAAACAAUGCCCGUCCCAGAACACCGACCUCCUCCCACCGCCGCGUCCCACCUUCCGCUGCGACUUCCUGCGCGCGGGUUCCACCGCAUGCGAUAUCCCCGCAUGCGGCGCCAAUCGUCGGGGUGGGUGAUGAUGUAGAGGGCGGAUACGGCAGGAUCGGCGGGCCGUUGGGAAUCGGGCUGGAUGGAAGGGGUGGAGAUGGGGUUUGGGUCGGGAGGACCGGUUGGUUGGGGAGGUGUGUGAUGGGUUGGGAGGUUGGAGGUGGAGGUUACACGGGGGAUAUAGGCUUUUUGAGCGGAUCAUGCGAUAUCCUUGCGCAUCACUGUAGUGUCUACACUUGGCGAGUGGGACGUCGACUGUUCGUUGACCUGAUGGAGGUCGAGCAGACGCCCAUCCCGGCGGCGAUCACCCAUUCCCUUCCGUCUAGCUGCUCCCUUGCCGCUGCGGCAACCAGAUGCGGUACCGUGAUAUACCGGAUCAGUUGUGGUGCCUUAAUCUGGGGAGAUUGA